GUAUAGUUAAAAAUAACUCAAAUGCUGUUGAAAACCGACAAUCAUUAAAUUAGCUUUUAUUUUGAAAUCCCCAGCUGUUUCCCUGUCCGUGCAUGUCUGACUUGACUGAUUGCAGACGGCGUGACGUCGGGUUGACUCGGUCAGCUGGCUCCUCCAUCCGAGCGGCAGGGAGAGCCUCUCCCAAAGGGAGACAUCACCAUCAACGCCCGACGCUGCUUCAUCAUCUGCCCGCCGGAAGAGGAGAAAAACAUGCCGCUGUAGCGGCGGAUCGGACUCCAUCGGCCAUCCGGAGACUGGGAUUAUUUAUUCACCUUUUGAUUGAUUUCAUUACCCCGCCGGUGUAAUGGCAGGGGUCCAUGGCUGCGGCUGCUGAGGAGCAGGUGCAACAUCAUCAUCAUCAUCGUCGGAGGCUUUUUGAUUCCUCGGCAUGGGCUGGGAGAGGGCCGAAGCCCAGGCUGGAUCACUCCGAGAGAGGGGGCCAAAGGCUGGGCCGCGGCUGGGGGCCAAAGCCUGCUGAUACAGCUCUCUACAUAUUUUAGCCCGUAUUUUCCCAAUGAAGCUCAAGGUUAUCUGCAUGCAGCAGGACGCCACACAUCUGUAGAAAUAAUGGAAUAAGCGCUUCCUGCUGUCUGUUCAUCUAUUUUCCUCUUUUUCUAAGUGGAUCGCGUCCAGCCCUACAGGCCUGAACAUUUCCUGCUGAGCCUUGUUUGGAUAAACAGAGUUGCACCGCCAAGAUGAUGGAGAUAGAUGAGGUGGUCUACCAGGACGACUACGGCUCCGGCACCGUGAUGUCGGAGCGCGUGUCGGGCCUGGCCAACAGCAUCUACCGGGAGUUCGAGCGGCUCAUCCACAGCUACGAUGAGGAGGUGGUGAAGGAGCUGAUGCCGCUGGUCGUCAACGUCCUGGAGAACCUGGACGCGGUGCUCACCGAGAACCAGGAGCACGAAGUGGAGCUGGAGCUGCUGAAGGAGGACAACGAGCAGCUCAUCACCCAGUAUGAGCGGGAGAAAGCGCUGCGCAAGCAGGCGGAGGAGAAAUUCAUUGAGUUUGAGGACAGUCUGGAGGCGGAUAAGAAGGAUCUGCAGAUGCAGGUGGAGUUUCUGGAGCUACAGGGGAAGCAGUUAGAGCUGAAGACCAAGAACUACUCAGACCAGAUCACUCGUCUUGAGGAGCGCGAAGCAGAGAUGAAGAAGGAAUACAACGCUCUUCAUCAGCGCCACACUGAGAUGAUUCAGACCUAUGUUGAGCACAUAGAGCGCUCCAAACUGCAACAGGCGGGCAGUAACAGCCAAUCAGAAGGCCCCGGCUGUGGACGAACCAAAGCGGAGCGCCCGCCGUCGUUGAGCCUGUACCCUGGUGGCGAGGGCAUGGUACGUGGGGGUCUCGGGGGGGCUAGGAUGAUGCCCGGGAAAGACAUCUGGCAGGAGGAUGGAUCGGAGUCUGACUCUGUUGCAGCCACACCCAGUAGCACAGGAAGCAAGUCCAACACACCCACCUCCUCCGUCCCCUCCGCUACCAUCACCCCCAUCAAUGAGACCUACGACUUUGAUGCCAUGCGGGCCGGGAAUCGCAGAAAAAGCGCCAAGCGAUUCAGUCGCAACAUGGAGGUGCAGGUUUCCCAGGAAACCAGGAACGUGAGCAUUGGUAUGGGAAGCAGCGAUGAAUGGUCAGAGUUUCAGGAAAUAAUUGAUUCCACGCCAGAGCUGGAGAUGGGCAUGGAUUCCCGAGUGUAUGGAGGAGGAAAUAGUCCUUCUCAGGGGAUUGUUAACGAGGCCUUCGGCAUCAACACUGACUCACUGUACCAUGAGAUCAAAGACGCCAAGUCGGACAUCAUCGGGGACGUCGACGCAGGUGCUGAGCUGCUAGGCGAGUUUUCAGUCCGUGAUGAUUUCUUCGGGAUGGGAAAGGAGGUGGAAAAUCUUCUGACGGAGAACAAACAGCUUUUAGAGACCAAAAAUGCUCUCAACAUUGUGAAAAACGACCUUAUUGCCAAAGUGGAUGAGCUGUCAAGUGAGCAGGAGGUGCUGAAAGAGGAGCUGGAGGCAGUGCGGCAGUCCAAGAACAAAGUGGACGCCAGAAUAAAGGAGCUGGAAGAAGAAAUCAAAAGGUUAAGAGCAGAGGCAUCUCGAGACUCCAAAGACGAAGUAGCCGAUGAUUUUUCGUCGCCCAUGCAGGACGGGGACAUGGCGAUGACCCAGCGGCGCCGCUUCACUCGGGUGGAGAUGGCCCGUGUGCUGAUGGAGAGGAACCAGUACAAAGAGAGGCUGAUGGAGCUCCAGGAGGCUGUGCGAUGGACGGAGAUGAUCAGGGCAUCCAGGGAGAGCCCUCCAAUCCAGGAGAAAAAGAAGUCCACCAUCUGGCAGUUCUUUGCCCGGCUCUUCAGCUCCUCCUCCAGUCCUCCGCCCGUUAAGCGACCGUACUCCAGCGUCAACAUCCACUACAAGUCGCCCUCACCUGCGUUCAAUCAGCGGCGCAGCCACACCAUGUGCCAGAUCUCCACCUCUAACCGGACGCUGGAGUUCUUCCCUGAAGAUGACUCGGCGCUGAUGGCGCGCCGUGAGCAGCGGCGUGAACAGUACAGGGCGGUGCGUGAGCACAUGCGCCGCGAUGACGGCAUCAUGCAGGCCUGUGGCUGGAGUGUGCCAUCUCGCCUCAAACAGACCAAUGAGAAGGAUGAAAACCGCAUGAAGAAUGUUCCUGUCCCGGUUUACUGUCGCCCUCUGGUGGAGAAAGACCCCAACAGGAAGCUGUGGUGUGCAGCAGGAGUGGACCUGACAGGAUGGAGAGUCAGCAGCCAGGAGGCGGUGCCUCUCAAAGCACUGUCAGGCAGCAGUGACCCUCUGCAGACUGAGGAGGACAAGAAGAACACAUCCCCUGAGAAGAGAAAGUCUAAAGAACUUCAGGAGACAGACAGCAUGAACAGUCGAGUGUGGAUCCUCACCAGCACCCACUCUGCCAGCAAGGUAGUUAUCAUCGACGCCAACCAGCCUGGCUCUCUGGUCGACCAGUUCAACGUCUGCAACGCUCACGUCCUCUGCAUCUCUAGCGUGCCAGCUGCAAGCGAGAGUGAUUACCCAGCAGGAGAAAUCGUGUUGGAUCCGGGUGACGGAGGCAGUGGAGAGGACAUGGAUGGGAUGGAAGGCAUGUUGGCUGGCAUCACGUUGGUCGGCUGUGCCACAAACUGCAGUGUUGCCCGUAGCAACUGUUGCUCACGUACCGACACACCCAUAGUAGACAAAGGGCAAGCCCCCACUGCUCCCCCCAUGAAUGGGAAGAUUCACCCCGCCCAGUCUGCCGAGGAAGCCACAGAGGCCACCGAGGUCUCUGAGUCCAGCGCCAACCACACGGGCAUCGCAUCGGGACGCCCGGGGCCCUUCACGGAGCACGUCUUCACCGACCCGCAGCCCCGUCCAACAGAUGACAGGAGCUCGGGUCAGUCCAAAGAGGAAUCCUCUCAGCCAGCAGAGGCUGAGGAUGGAGGGGAGGAAACCAAAAACUACACCAGCGUGGCCCCCACCAUGUGGCUCGGGGCCCAGAAUGGCUGGCUUUAUGUCCACUCAGCUGUGGGAAAUUGGAAGAAAUGUCUCCACUCCAUCAAACUCAAGGACUCUGUUCUCAGUCUGGUGCACGUAAAAGGUCGCGUGCUGGUCGCCCUCGCCGAUGGGACCUUGGCCAUAUUCCACAGAUCCGAAGAUGGCCAGUGGGAUUUAUCCAACUACCACCUGAUGGACCUCGGCCGGCCUCAUCACUCCAUCCGCUGCAUGGCAGUCGUCCACGAUAAGGUGUGGUGCGGCUACAAGAACAAGAUUCACGUCAUUCAGCCCAAAAGCAUGCAGAUUGAGAAGUCCUUCGACGCCCACCCCCGGAGGGAGAGCCAGGUACGGCAGCUGGCCUGGAUCGGUGACGGCGUGUGGGUUUCGAUCCGGCUGGAUUCCACCUUGCGGCUGUACCAUGCGCACACGCACCAGCACCUCCAGGAUGUGGACAUCGAGCCAUAUGUCAGCAAAAUGUUGGGUACGGGGAAGCUUGGUUUCUCCUUUGUGCGGAUCACAGCCCUGCUGAUCGGAGGAAAUCGCCUCUGGGUGGGGACUGGAAACGGUGUGAUCAUCUCCAUCCCACUGACAGAGACGGUGGUCCUUCACCGAGGACAGCUCCUGGGUCUGAGGGCCAAUAAGGUGUCUCCUACGUCAUCCGGUGGUGUGAUCCAUGUGUACGGAGAUGAUGGCUCUGAGAAGAGCACCGGCAGCUUCAUCCCCUACUGCUCCAUGGCGCAAGCGCAGCUGUGUUUCCAUGGACACCGCGAUGCUGUCAAGUUCUUCGUUUCCGUACCGGGUAAUGUUUUAGCCACCCUAAAUGGCAGUGUUCUGGACAGUCCGUCUGAAGGUCAGAGCUCCACAGCGCCCACAGAGACGGAAACGCAGAGUGUUCAAAACGUGUUGGUACUGAGCGGAGGAGAGGGAUACAUCGACUUCCGCAUAGGGGAUGGAGAGGAUGAGGAGACGGAGGAAGGUGACAGCAGCGGUGGGGCUUCGCAGAUGAAACCUGCUUUGAGCAAAGCUGAGCGAAGCCACAUCAUCGUCUGGCAGGUGUCCUAUGUGCCGGAGUGACGCCGAAACCUGCUCUAACAUUAUACCCAAACAUCUCUUUGAAUAAACCACCCCCCACCCCAGAAGCUUACAGCCACUUAAACCUUGUAAUUAUUCCCCGGUCAUGUAAAAGUUCCCGUCUGGCUCCGAAACAAA